AUGCUUAGGCGGAAACUGUUGUCUUCGCCGCCCUGCAGCACGGAAACCGAGGGUCUUAGUUUCCGGGAAAACCUGGAGGAGGGCAGGAAAAUUUCUGAAUUGUGGGCGGCGGUACCAGGAGCACAUAGAGUGAGAGGAGCUAACGAAAUGACGCUUUUAAUAAGCGCGACACUACGCAUGUGUCGAAAUAUUGAUUUUCGCACCCUCUGUUCAUUACAUGAAUUUCGAAAAGUUGGAUACGGCUAA